AUGUUUAGAAAUAUCCUUGUUAUAUCUCUCUUUGGAUACGCUUUUGGACAGGAUUUUUAUGAAGAACGGCAUAAAUAUCAAUACAGAGCGCAGAUUCCCCUAAACAAAAUACCCAAAAAUUUUGAAGUCAAAGGUGAUAACGCUGUUGCUGAAUUUAGUAAGUAUUUGGCAACUAUUCAAGAUAUAGCAAAAAGAGACAACCUGACAGUAAUAUACAAAGUCAAAGUUGACAUUAAUUCACCAAAAAAACAGCACAACAAGAAGAAGAAGUCACUUAAAAAGAAGAGUUCAAAGAAAUACAAUGUACCAUUGAAAAAGCAGAGUAUGAAACUGUCGAACUUUGAGAUGGUCUUAAGAAAGAGAAUAGGGGAGAUGGGACAGCAACAGCAAAGAGCGGAAAGUGAUCCUACAACGCAAAAACAAAAGAUUUUGUUGACGACAAAGUCACCUUCAGCGGGGAAAUACAAACCGAUAAUAAGAAGUGUAAGAACAAAUUACGCGAAAAUUGUGAGGCCAGUAAGAAAUAAAGAGAUUACGUUGACAAGAUAA